AAAGAUUCAAGAAUUGGAUUAACGGAUAUGAGAUAAACACCUUCUGCUGAAUUUCAAUUUACUACUACUCUUCUUCUUGAUUGUAAUUCAACACAAGUUUUAGUUGAUUGAUUCAUUGCCGCCGCCGCCUACCGACACCUUUCUUCGAUGAAUAUAUGGACUCCUCAUAGCUCCGCCGCCGCGGUUACAUCGGCGGCGGAGGGAGACCCCACCACCACCAUGAUGGACGCCUUUAUGGCCUCCGCUUCCGAUCUCACUUCCUUCUGGCCGGCCUCCGGUCUCGGUCAACACACUCCAUUCGUCCUCACUCCAUCGCCGCCGCCGCCUCCCGCCGCCGCCGCCGCAGCAUCGUCCCAGUUCUUCAAUCAGGAAACGCUCCAGCAGCGCCUGCUCGCCCUGAUCGAGGGCGCCCGCGAGAGCUGGACUUACGCGAUUUUCUGGCAGUCCUCCGCCGCCGAGUACGGCGCUCCGGCGGCGCUGACCUGGGGCGACGGCUACUACAAAGGCGAGGACGACAAGGGCAACCGCAAAUCCGCAUCCUCCCCGGCCGAGCAGGAGCACAGAAAGAAGGUGCUCCGGGAAUUGAACUCCCUGAUCUCCGGCACUCAGUCCACCACCGCCGCCGACGAACCCGUCGACGAAGAAGUCACCGACACCGAGUGGUUCUUCCUGAUAUCCAUGACCCAAUCCUUCGCAAACGGGUCAGGAAUUCCGGGCCAGGCCCUCUACAGCUCAAGCCCGGUCUGGGUAACCGGGCCGGACAAGCUGGCCGCGUACCGCUGCGUCCGGGCCCACGAGGCGCAGAGAUUCGGUCUUCAGACAAUCGUCUGCAUACCUUCCUCAAACGGCGUCGUCGAGCUCGGCUCCACCGAAGUCAUCUUCCAGAGCUCGGAUCUCAUGAAAAAGGUCAGGGUUCUGUUCAAUUUCAACAACGGCGCCGAAACGGGUUCCGGAUCCGGGUCGGGCUCUUGGGCCCUACCCGACAACGUCGAUCCGGCCGCCCUCUGGUUGACCGACCCUUCUUCUUCCACCAUGGAUAAGGAUUCAUUCAAUAACAUCAACAACAACAACACCACCACCAAUUCAGUUCCUUGUAGUAUUACCAGUAAGCAAGUUGCGUUCGGCAACGAAAACCCGAAUCCGUGUUCCAGCACGUUGACCGAUAAUCCGCAUAACCAAACUACUAAUAAUCCGGGAUACCUCAAUCGGGAAUUGAAUUUCUCCGAAUUCGGUGCCCACGGUAGUAGCAAUGUUAGAAACGCCGGUCUUUGUAAGCGCGAAUCGGGAGAGAUUCUGAAUUUCGGAGAGAGUAUAAAGACGAGUCCGUUCGGUGCGCAAGGCGAGAAUAACAAUAACAACAACAGCAACAACAACAAUAAAAACAAGAAGAAGACAUCUCCAACUUCUAGAGGAAGUAACGACGAAGGCAUGCUCUCGUUUACUUCCGGCAUGGUCAAGAAUGGCGGCGGUGGUGGUGGUGUUGUAGAUUCCGACCAGUCGGAUCUCGAAGCGUCGGUGGUGAAGGAAGUCGAGAGUAGUAGAGUCGUCGACCCGGAAAAACGGCCGAGAAAACGAGGGAGGAAACCCGCAAACGGGAGAGAAGAGCCGCUCAAUCACGUCGAAGCGGAGCGACAGAGGAGAGAGAAGUUGAACCAGAGAUUCUACGCGCUUCGAGCCGUCGUGCCCAACGUCUCGAAAAUGGACAAAGCAUCUCUGCUCGGAGACGCGAUCGCGUACAUCAACGAGCUCAAGUCGAAGCUUCAAAACGUCGAGCUCGAUAAAGACGAGUUGAGGAGACAGCUGGAGUCUUCGUCGUCCUCCAUGCAGAAGAAGAAGGAUAAGGAAUAUUCCUCGGCCAAAGAAGAAUCUUCGAAGGGGAUAGUUGAUAUGGAGAUAGACGUGAAGAUAAUUGGAUGGGACGCGAUGAUCAGGGUUCAGUGUAGUAAGAAGAAUCACCCGGCGGCUAAGAUGAUGGUGGCGCUUCGUGAGUUGGAUUUGGAUGUUCAUCACGCGAGCGUUUCCGUUGUGAACGAUUUGAUGAUCCAACAAGCUACGGUGAAAAUGGAGGGCCGGUUUUUCUCGCAAGAUCAGCUGAGGGCCGCUUUGAUUUCGAAAUUAGUUAGCUGAAAUCGAAUGUCGGUUAGAACUUAAGUUUGUACGGGCGUCUCUCUCUUGUAUGAUGAUCUGUGUAGCUUCGAUUCGUUUUUAUUUUAGUAUAUAUAGUUUAAAGAAGGAUGAGAGCUUUUAGUUUUGAAGUUGAGAAGCUGGAUGCAGAAUUGAGAGCUUUUUUUUAUUUUGUGUUCAGCUUUUCGGGUUCUGGUUUUGUGGUAAUUUGUUAGAUGUAAAGGCUCGAGUGUACAUAGGUAUGAAAUGAAUCCCAAUAGUAAUUUGGGAUGGUGGUUUUAUUUAUGUCAUAAAACAUGGGAUUCUUUGUUCCAA